CCACGCUGACGAUCCUCAAACAUGCGCGCUGCUGAGAGAGUGCGCUCGACAGGUAUUUCGCAGAGGCCCUGUCGACAAAUUGGCAGACUGGGGUGAUCACUUUCUAUGUGUAGAGGUCGGACCUCGAAAGGACGCUGAGCCGACUGGAAGCGGCUCAGGAAGGGAAAUUGACACCGGGCGGCUGAAGUCCCUCCACCUGACUGCACAGAGGGGCGUGUGCGGGUACACGUUUAAAAGAGGAGAUCUCUGCUGGAACUGCAGAAGCUGUCAGACAGAUCCCACGUGCGUGCAAUGCGACCCAUGCUUUCGGGCCAGCGACCACGCAGGCCACGAGGUGUACUUCCACCAGGCUAGCCCCGGAGGCUGCUGCGACUGCGGAGACCUGGAGGCCUGGGACCGCGCAGGCUGUUGCACUGCACACUCGGGGUCGGACCCCUUCCAGGAUCCGGUGGACAGUCUUCCCACGUCCAUGAGACUCCCAGCACGGGUGGUGCUCGCGGAGGCGGUGGCCCUAGUCACAGACGCCUGCCUCCAGGCCGUCCAGGGCUACAAUUCCUCCCACACCCACGGCUUCCUUGUGCCGGG